AUGGCUUCGUUGCUGGAUCUACCCAUCGAAGUUCUUCAAUUGGUUCUUGACAACAUUAAUUGCGAAAGUCUCGCGUAUCUUCGACUCGUUUGCAAAAAAGCGUACUAUACCGCAACUCCUACUUUUGGGCGCAAAUAUCUAGGAACCAUUCAUCCCGUAUUGUUCUCAGAAUGCUUGGAAGCAUUGGUUGAGAUCUCCAAGAAUCACAUUCUGCGCCAUUACGUCAAAAGUAUCUUGUUUGUGUCUUACGCUCUCAAGCAAGGAAGCUGCGCUUUGCAGGUCGUCGUUUCUCAGCAUCGCCCGGAGACCAGCGAAUGGCUCAUCCGCAGACAUCAAGAUUGCUCGGACCAUCAACUAAAAUUGGUCGAGUCUGGCCGCCACAUCGAACUGAUUGCAGAAGCUCUCACCAACUUCAAGAAUGCUCAGAUUCCGCUGAAUCUGGGUAUUUUCGACCUCGAGCUUAACAACAGUGACAAGAUCCCUAUCGGAACCGGCUGGGGUGCGGAGUUGUUCUAUGGUGAGCUGCUUGAACUCGACAUUUGGACCACGGACGGCGGAAACGUGUUGAAUACAGUCAUUACUGCUGCGAACUCCUGCGAAUAUCCUCUCGAGGCCAUUGAGAUAGAUGCAUGUGCGUGCAUGACGGUCCCCAUGGGUAUGGGAAGGCAAUUGACAGCAGACACACCUCAAGUUGAUCGACUACUUACCGAUCUCCUUCUCGACGGCCGCCGUGGCAACUCGAAAUUUAGUGUCUGCGUGAAAACCACUCCGACCAGUGACAGCGUUAUGACUUCACAACUCCGUAUUGAAUGGCCAGAGCGACGCCUGAUCUUCCAAAGCCUGCAACGUGCACGAGAAACACUCCUUGCUCGCUUCAAGUAUAACACGGGUCUGGGGCUGCUGGCAACAGUGUUGAAGACCAACACGUUCAGCGAGAUUGAACUAUCACACUGCGUGGUCGAGACAUACACUCUGGCCAAGUUUAUUCAGAACCAUGCUAGAACUCUGCAACAGCUGAAAUUGUCACACAUUGUGUUUCGCAAGGACCGUCGGCAUCGCCGAGAGUACCCAAGCUUUUCUGCACGACGAUUUCUGACUUUCCUGAGGGACAAUCUCAAGAGCUUGGAGUAUCUCGAAAUCUGUGAUAUAAUAAGCCUUGAACCUCCUUGGCCAUCUGGUAGAUCGUUUGUCGAAAGUCCAAAGCUGACUGGCCGGAAGGAGAUCGUAUCUACCAUCAACUCUUGGCUAGAGAGAAUGACCUCCUGA